CGUCCUCUGAUACUACCAUCGCCUUUCAUCAUGGAUACAUUCAUCAAUCUCGCGAAGCAAGGUUACCAGACGUACUCGGAAUCCCAAUCUCAAUCCCAAUCCCAAUCUAGGCCUCAGUCCGACUUCCGUAGAACGGGCGGCGAGGAAUACAACAGUCCUCACCACCGUAGAGCUGAGAGCGAUAGACCCGAAUUCGACGACGACGAAGUCGUCCGGCAUGCUAGUAGCCACAGUGGCUCUGACGACUCCGGCAUGUUCUCAUCUGCGUUGAACCAUGUCAGGGGGCGCCGAGACGAACACGAGGAGCCCGUAGACGAGGAGAGGGUUCAGGAAGCCCACGAUAGGGCCUACAAUCAAGGGUCCGCUAGCAAUAUGAGUGCUAGCUCGAUGGGCAGCGCGGCUGCUUUGCAGGCACUUAAAUCAUUCACUUCCGGCGGAGGGAGUGGUGGAGGCAGCCAGAGCCAGUUGAUCAGCUUAGCGAUGGGUGAAGCAAGCAAGCUUUUUGAUAGUAGUGGGGGUGCGAGCUCUGGUAGCAAGCAAGACGCGGUCAACGGCGCAGCAAUGACUGUCAUGAAGCUCCUUGUUCAAUCCAAAUUCAGCGGUGGUACUGUUGGCGGUGGAAACAGCGGUGGACUAGGAAGCUUAAUGGGUGUUGCAAGCAAAUUUAUGUGAAAACAGCGCUGCGCCUCGUUGAUAUAAUCAUACGUAUAUGUUCGCCAUCAAGUUCGAAAUUACCUUGUGAUAUUAGAAAUGUAUGCAACUGGUGAUAAGGAAUCAGGACGAAAUUCUGCGAACAGAAUCAUUAAAAUUA